AUGCCUCGAGGGGUUAAUGCCACCAUUCUGUCUCUGAUUCCAAAGCACAAGGAUUCCCAAACGAUGAACGACUAUAGGCCGAUUGCUUGCUGCAACUUCCUGUAUAAGGUUAUUUCUAAAAUCCUUGCUAAUCGCUUGAAACUCAUACUGUCUGAUGCUAUUGAACCGAAUCAAAGUGCAUUUGUCAAGGGCCGUCUCCUUGUUGAAAACGUCUUGUUAGCGUCUGAAUUAGUCAACGGUUAUCACAAAUCGUCUAUUUCCACUCGUUGCACAAUAAAGUUUGAUAUUGCCAAGGCUUUUGAUACAGUCAAAUGGUCUUUCAUCAUCGCUGUGCUUCAGGCUAUGGGAUUACCACUUGUGUUCAUCAACUGGAUCCAUGUUUGCAUAUCCACUGCUUCCUUUUCAGUGGUUGUUAGUGGUGGUCUUGAAGGUUUCUUCACGAGUGCGAGGGGAAUCAGGCAGGGGUGCUCAUUGUCUCCUUAUCUAUAUGUUAUUCUGAACAAUGUGUUAUCUAAAAUGCUGAAUCGGGCUGCUUCCUCAGGAAUAUUUGGGUACCAUCCGCAGUGUAAGGAGGUAAACUUUACUCAUCUAAGUUUUGCUGAUGAUAUUCUAGUUUUCACUGAUGGCACAAUAGGAUCGCUUUCUGGGGUCUUGGAAGUCAUGAGUAGCUUUGCUCGAAUCUCGGGCCUAUAUAUUAACACGUCUAUGUCCUCUAUUUUUGCUGCUGGGCAAGGGGCUUCUACUCUCGUGGCCGCUGUUGCAGUGAGAGGACUCGCUGUGGGUACUCUCCCUAUUCGGUACCUUGGUUUGCCGCUUACAACCAAGGCUCUCACAGUGCAGGACUAUGAACCUCUCAUCGAUAAAAUCCGCUCACGUUUCAUCUCAUGGCCGACCAAGAUCUUGUCCUGCGCUGGUCGCUUGCAGCUUAUCAAGUCUGUUAUUGCUAGUACGGUCAAUUUUUGGAGCUCUGAUUUCAUUCUCCCUAAAAGCUGUCUCGAUACAAUUGCGGGUAUGUGCAGUGCCUUUCUUUGGUCUGACUCUCCGCAUGAUACACAUAAGGCCAAAGUCUCUUGGGUGGAUCUGUGUCUACCAAAAGCAGAGGGAGGAUUAGGAAUCCGAAGCUUGCGUACCUCCUCUCUUGUCUUUGCUCUAAACCUCAUCUGGCGCUUGUUCUCCUCUUCCGGUUCUCUCUGGGUUGCAUGGGUCCGCCAUUAUCUGAUGAAAGAUGAGCCUUUUUGGACGGCUAAGGAGGGUUCCAGUGGAUCGUGGGUGUGGAGGAAGCUGCUCAAGAUGCGGCCCUUAGCCUCGCUGUUUGGGAUCCAUCGUCUGGCUCGUGUGGUGGAGGCUGUCAAUGGCACAAGUUGGCGACUGAGAAGACAGCGAGGGUCUCUUCCUUUCGGACUAGCAGCGACGAUCAGAGCUUUACCCAUACCUCGCGCUUCCUUAGGAGAGGAUGUAGUGCUUUGGAAACAUGACGAGGGGGACUAUAAGGACAAAUUCUCAUCGUCUCAGACAUGGCAGCAGAUUCGCAAUAAAAGAGAUAAUGUUUCCUGGCAUCGGAUCGUUUGGUUUGCUCAAGGAGUUCAACGGUUCUCUUUUACGGUUUGGCUCGCAGUUAUGAACAGGCUGUCUACGGGAGAUAGAAUGCGUACAUGGGAAUUUGACCAAUCCUGUCUAUUCUGCGGGGAGCGCAACGAGACGAGGGACCAUCUUUACUUUGCUUGUCCCUAUACAUACACUGUCUUGUUAGACUUGGGAGGCUCUCUUUUGGGACAUGCUGCUACACCAGAUUGGGAGGAGACCGUGAACUUUCUUAGCUACACAUGCCACCACUUUAUGGAUUCUAUCCUACAAUGUAUGCUAUUUCAAGCGUGCAUUUACCAUAUUUGGAGGGAACGAAAUGCCCGUAGACACGGUAGUAGUCCUAUCGCAAUAGCCGUCAUGAAACGCAUCAUUGACAAGUCUAUGUGCAACAUAAUAGCGUCGCUGCGCUAUCGAUCGCCCCACAAGCUGGAGGGACUUCUACGGCAGUGGUUUGCUGUACGAGGAACUGUAUGA